UAUAUCUCUUUUAUUUCUCUCUCUAUCACCACACAAACGCAAAACAACACGAGUUUAAUUUCCCUCAAUACGGUGUCGUUUUAUUUCUUUCUCUCACCAACCCUAAAAAAAAAUAAAAAUACAACAAACCCUAGUUUUCCCCCUUUCCUCUUGCGCCGCGUUUUAGAUCUCGAUCCCCUUUCUUUCCCCCUCGAUUUCACCUUCAAUUUCUUCUCCAUCUCUCCGAUCGAUUCAACCUUCUAUUGGAUCGCGAAUUUCUCUUUCGAUCGAUCCUAGUUUUGUCGCUGUUGAUUCACGGUGUCGGUUUUUAGGGUUUCCGUCGCGAAUCUUCUCGAUCUAGUUUUCUUAUAUUGAUCUGGGAUAAAGCGAUUGAGUUUUUCUUUGUUCGAUUUGGAUUUUGGUUUUGUUUGGAUCGUUUUCUUGUUUCCGAUUUAGGGUUAAUUCAACGGGUUUGAUUUUGGUUACGUCGUUUGAAAUUUUCUUUGGGGGUUGUUAGAUCUUUGUGAGAAUCGUUAUAAUUCUUCGUCAAUUAGGCGUUGUUAGUUCGUAAUCGUUCGAUUUUAAAAAAUUAGGGUUAGGGUUUCUUGAAUUUGGGGCUUUUCUUGUUUUAUUCAAUUUAUUUGGGGAAAGUUCAAUUUCUUUGAGUAAUUAGGAUUCUCCGGUUUUGUUACUUCCUAAUUCAGCAAUUUGCCAUUAAUUUGACAGAGACGAUUUAAGGCAACCAUGGUGCAGAAACGUCCUUUUGAUGCUGAGGAAAUGCUUGAGGUGUCCUUCAAACACCCUAAACAUGCAAGCCCCGGCGAUCUUGUACCAUUAUCAGAAUCUGUUUUUCCUGAUGAUGAUUGCUACACCCAUUUGCCUAAAACUUCAGAGGAAGGAUAUGCAAAAGGUAGUAGCUAUUGUAAUGACAAGCUUGCUGUUGAAACUUGUGAUGUACUGCCUGCUGGGACUGGGGAAUCUGAAACAAGCUUUCCUGUGGUAGGUGUUCCCGCUUCUUCUUGGGCCACCAAUGGCAUUUCUGAAGAAUAUCACCGAUCAGAACAACCUAUACAUCUCCCUCUUUUUCCUGAGUAUUUCAGUCCAGAAAGGCCAAUAUAUUUCAGUCCAGAAAGACCCAUAAGAACAUUAACUCGCUAUGAGGACCUUUACUCCAUGCUCCUUGAACAAUCUCCUCGCAAGCCUGUUUCAAUAGGAGCUAAUCAUCAAGCUGAUGUUCCCCCAUGGGUACCAAAUGCUGCUAAUGCUGUCUCAGAUUCAAACCUCACUGUUUGUGAUGGGGAGGCUGAAAAAAGAAUGUUGGGGACCUGUAUAAUCCCUAUGCCUCAGAUGGAGUUAUCUACCAUUGAUGAUGAAGCUGGAAAGGGAAGAACUGAUUGCAGCUGUGAAGACAGUGGAUCUAUAAGAUGUGUAAGACAACAUAUAAUGGAUGAAAGAAAGAAACUAUUUAAAACCUUUGGGAUUGAGAAAUUCAUUGAAUUGGGGUUUGCUGGCAUGGGAGAACAAGUGGCGGAUAGAUGGACUACAGAGGAUGAACAUCUAUUUCACAAGGUUGUCUUCAAUAAUCCAGCAUCAUCCAACAAGAAUUUCUGGAACUAUCUUUCCAUUGUUUUUCCCUCACGAAGCAAAAAGGAGAUAGUGAGUUACUACUUUAAUGUCUUCAUGCUUCGUAAGCGGGCAGAGCAGAACAGGAACCAUCUAUUAAGUGCUGAUAGUGAUAACGAUGAAUGGCAAGGUAAUGAUGAUCAUGAUGAUGAGGAUUCUGUUGCAGAUGAUCCUGUUUGUCAAGAUGAUACUUGUAUCAAUAACUGCAAUGAUAAUCAUUUGGAGGAAUAUGAGGAUGAGUUUCCUGAAGAUGAAACUUGUGCUGUUAACGGAUUUGGAGAUCAUACAAAGAGGAACAAUGAUCCUAUUGAGAUGCAUCACCCCAAUGCUUCCCCUCAUCUGAAUCAACAUCAUGAUCAAUCAGUUUGGCAGGAUUCAUGUGAAGAAAAAGUUAAACAUGAUCCCUACACAUCACAUGACAUGGGGGCUGCUUCACGGGAGACUAGAGUGAAGAGUGGAAAUGGUGAUCAUUGGUCCGGUAACUAUAAUGGAAUAAGCAAUGGUUAUAGCCAAGGGUAUGUGUUGGAGCCCUGUGAUGCACCCGCAUGGGAUUCCGGCUUUGUAUCUUGCUCUAAAAACAAGAUGGACUUUUUACCAACAUGUAGUAUGAUAGAAGAGGUUUUUGGAGAUGGACGAAGGCAAGACAUGAGAAGAGGUUUCAUGGAUUGAAUCUCAGUUAGCAUCCUCCUUGCCAAGGCCAAGCAAGGUUGAUGAGAUUUCAUAUUUUCUUUUGUACAUUUGACAUAAGGUUGGAAAGUUAACCUUCAUUGUAAAAUAUUGUUUUGGAAGGUGAUUUCGUUUGAGUUAAUGUCCCAUUUAUUCUUAAGUUGUUUUUGGAAUUGUAAAAUUUCUUAUUCCUUAAUUUAUUGUUAGUUUCCACACUGGUGUGGAUUUAAGUUUAGAGGGGGAGGGGGAUAAUGGUUUAAGGAACUGAAACCAUUUUAUGAUGUAAUUUGUCAUUAUUUGAUCUCUAAUGAAAGUUAAAAAUUCUUACA